UGUAGACGGGGGCUGCCCACUGGCGAUGCAGACUGGCCGUUUGCGAGCGAUCGUCGCUGCGGUGGAGCAUCUUCACAUGCCGAGGACCUUUUCUGUCUGAUUUUUGGGUCGUUCAACUAGUUCGUCCGGAGCGAUAUUAAAGCCGCCUUCCUCCCCCACGGGGUGUGCGAAUCCAGAGUCCAUCGUCUGUCGCUAUUGCCAUCACGAUGAAUCCCAAAGACUCGAUCAAGUCGACCUGGCGCACUCAGCCCAAGGGCGAGUGGACCAUCGCCCACUGGAUGCUGGAGAUCCUCGGGAUCCACUCCGUCAACCUCGACCAGGACGUUCCGGUCCACGCCAAAGAGGAAAAGGUGCCUCAUCUGCCUGAAUGGUACACGCAUCGCUGGGUGCUCGUGCACUCCUUCAUCCCGCUGCUGCUCCAUCACGCCUACGUCUCCUAUACCGGCCGCAACUUCAGCGUCAUCUUUGCCUUUUUCUUCUACAGCAUGUCGUUCAAGCUCAUCGCCAUCCACGAACUGCACUCCCUCCGUCGACUCGGCCACAUCUACGGCUUCCUCGACGGCGACAAACACGCCCGUGAUGGUGUCCCUGAUGUGGGUGUAGCCAAAGUCGUCCGUUCCCUCAUCUCGACCUCGACCGUCCGGCCCAUGUUCUCCGUCUUCCUCGCCUACCGCGUCUCCAAGACCCCCGACACCAUCAGUUGGCUCUGGCUGCCCCUCGAGAUCGGUCUCUACGGCAUUGUCCUCGACUUCUGGUUCUACUGGUACCACCGCGUCAUGCACGACUUUGACAGUAUGUGGAAGUACCACCGCACCCACCAUCUCACCAAACACCCCAACCCCCUCCUCACCCUGUACGCCGACACGGAGCAAGAAAUCUUCGACAUCGCCGGCAUCCCUCUUAUGACCUACUUCAGCCUCAAGCUGAUGGGCCUCCCCAUGGGCUUCUACGACUGGUGGGUAUGCCACCAAUACGUCAUGUUCGCCGAAGUGGCCGGUCACAGUGGUCUGCGCCUCCACACAUCGCCCCCCAACACUCUCAGCUGGCUGCUGCGCAUGUUCAACGCCGAGCUCAUCAUCGAAGACCACGACCUCCACCACCGCAAGGGCUGGAAGAAGAGCCACAACUACGGCAAGCAGACCCGUCUCUGGGACCGCAUUUUCGGAACCUGCCACGAGCGUAUCGAGUGUCCGCCAGAGAAUAUCGACUAUGAAAACACGGCCAGCAUGCCAUUGCUCUGAUGGAUUGCCGUGGAAAUGAUUUCAGAUACGACUUAUGCAAGGAAUUAGAAUGUAUAUACCGGUCUUUGGAUACCACUGGACUGGAACGAUACCCAUACAUAUUAUAAAAGAUCACAAAAAAAGCAGCGAGAGGAGAUGGAAGACUAUGAUACCCCUUUUAUUUACUAUUAUAUAAACCAAAAAAAGCAGUGAACGGAGAUGGACUUUCCAGUAUAUAAAUUAGUGUGAAUAUUUCAAUAUAAUUUUUAAAUCAAUUAUCAAUAUGAUAUCAGAUGAUAGAAGCCACUG